CCUCACACUUCAUCUCGAAUCCGCCGCCAUGUCCAUCGCUGGAGUCACUGCCGAAAACGCCGUCAACCAUGAAGACAUUGAGAAGCAGUGGGCGGUGAAGGCCUUCCACCAUGCCGAAACCUUCUUCAAGCUCAUCUCCGCCGUCGAUGCCUCGAGACUCCGACUGACCAAGAUCGAUGACGAGCUCCACGCCGAUUUCCUGACAAUGUUCCCCAGCAUCAACCUUGCCAGCAUAGACGAGAUGGCCGACUUCAAGAGCGAAAAGGCCAAGGCUGCCUGGCGAGACUUUAUAAAGAAAUACGAGAGUCGGGUCGAGGACUUCAACUUUGGCACCCUGCUGAGAGUGCGGGCAGCAGAGGACUACGGACCGGACAAUGCGUUUUUUGUCACCCGCAUCCAGUUCUUCGCUAUCGAGAUUGCUCGCAACCGGGCUGGUCUGAACUCGGUUCACCUGAAGAAAAAGUGAGCCGACGGCAUCCACCGGUGGAACACCUCAAGCUGCAUCGCCCAGACUCACACUCCUCCCCGAAUAUACACAUCCGAUCGAGCCGCGCCCAAUGCCCUGACCAAUCUGAUUCAUCCAAA